AUGGCCGAGUUACGAGGCUGUAAAGGAAAUAAAAGAAGCAGAGAAACAAGACGAGAAAGGGAAACAGUUGGAAGAAAGGGGAAGGAAGCGCUGGUGUGCUGUUUCUGUUCUUUUAUCGAAGAUGGUGACCAUGUCGACCAGACAAUCAAUAGAGUGCUGUCAAAAGAACAAGUGAAAGCUACGACAAACGGAUUGGAAGGGCAUAAAAAAGGGAGUUUGAAGUUAGAUGCAAAUGUUUUAACAAAACACAUGUGGAAAUAGUGUAGGACCAAGAUAUUAUGUUAAUGGACAGGAGAACACUGUUCUCC